AUGGCGCACAUGGACCAUGUCACAUCCACCUCGAUCAUGCGCACUGAUGGCGUUUUCAUUGGAGAGGGGACAGAUAUCCUGGCUAGCGGACAUGCAAUCGGGAGAAAGCCCAGCGAAGCAUUGCACGGCUGGGCUAAGCACCAACAAGGCCAGAUCAAGGAAUAUCCUUUAGGGAUCGGCAGCUAG